CGACAAGAACUCUGAUAGAUACAUAAGAAGUGACGGGCAAGCUUGAAGAUUCCAUAAUUUAAGAUCCUUGUACAACAUCAUCACAUCACCGACUGUCGCCUGUCAAUUCACCAUGCCUCAGACCAUGAAAGAAGCCAUCAUUCACGCCGGACCCAAGGUCGAGAUCCGCGAUGUUCCCAUUCCGGAGCCCGGUCCGCGCCAGGUCGUGAUCAAAGUUGUCUACAGCGGCAGCAACCCAAAGGACUGGAAAAUUCCGGAAUUGGCCGAAAGGUACAAGGGCAGCGAAUCCGACGAUCCGAUGGUGAAGUUCAUCGCGAGUCAGCCAUCACUGAACCAGGGCGAUGAUAUUGCCGGCAUCGUGCACUCCGUCGGCGCAGAUGUCACGGAAUUCAAGCCUGGCGACCGCGUGGCGGCGUUUCACGAGAUGAUGACACCCGGCGGUAGCUAUGCGGAAUACGCGCUUGCAUGGGACCACACGACCUUCUUCCUUCCAAAGGAUACGAGCUUUGAGGGGGGCGCUACCAUUCCACUCGCCGCCAUGACCGCCGCAAUCGGUUUGUUCGCCAGCGAUCGACUCGCCCUGCCGACGCCGAUUAACCCGGCCACCGAGCCCAUCCCGCUAGUCGUCUACGGCGGCGCUUCCGCAGUCGGCGCCUUUGCGAUCCAACUCGCCCAGCGUAGCAACAUUCACCCGAUCAUCGCCGUCGCUGGUGGUGGCGCGACGCUCGUCGAAAAAUACCUCGACCGGUCCAAGGGCGACACCAUCGUCGACUACCGCCAAGGCAACGAUGCCGUCGUCUCCGGGAUCAAAGCCGCUCUGAAAGGAAAGCCCUUGCGUCACGCAUACGACGCCGUCUCCGAGGUCGAAAAAGGCAGCGUGGGGAACCUCUCCAAGGUCCUCGACCCACAGGGUUCCAAGGCGACUUUCGUUCUGCCUUUGAGUGAACAGCCCGCUGCUGGCAUCACUGCGAGUAACACUAACGUGGGCGAUGCGCACAAGGCCCAGAAGGAUCUGGCGUUUGUCUUCUUCCGACUCAUCACGCGGGGUCUGGAGGAGGGUUGGUUCAAGCCCCAUCCUCACGAGGUUAUCCCUGGUGGACUCGGUGGUGUUCAGGAGGCACUGACCAAGUUAAAGGAGGGGAAGGCUAGCGCGAUCAAGUAUGUUUUUGAGAUUGCUGAUACACAGGGUUUGUGAUGAACGAUGUGAGAAGCAUAAAGGAAUUUCCAUAUUUUAUGUAUCAUGCUGAAUAGAUAUCACGUGGAAUCCAGUCGAGCGUAUUUGCUAGGCUACGUAUGCAGAGCAAACACUCAGCUCGUUUGUUUUCGGUGUCCGACGCACUUCAUGAUUCAUACACGCAUCGACGACUGGUGAAAUAUACUUUGAUAUCUUGCACGUUCAGGUGAUGCGGCACAGUCACAGAUGUUUAAUCAGCAUUAACUACAUGCUUUACAAAGCGUUCACUUGCAACGAUAGUGGCAUCGACCUGCUCUCAUCAUCUCACCGUAACAACUUGUUGAUCCCAAAAGACGGAUCUUUCGCGGAACAUGCGUGA